GUCGCCCUUGCAAAAGUCGCAGAAGGAAAACGACCAACGAACACUGGCGAGAUAUGGGAUGGUCAGGCCGGAGAAGAUUGGCUGGCAUUAAACGAUUUCGACGAUGUCGACAACCAUGCACUUCCAGAAGACACAGCGACAGAUGCAGUAUCACCCAUCGAGCUUUCCACUGCUUUAUGGACAGAAUCUUGGAAUCAUGCAGACGUCAAGAAACAUUCCACAUCUGCUGUCGAUCUCGAUCCCGACCGGCUCGGGAUCCUUCCAAACCCCGUGCCAACUCUCGACUCGCAUGCCAUUGCAGUGGCUACAUCUGUUGUGGUUGAUGCCGAUGGAAGUUUUCCUGGGAGAGGAUUUUCAACGACGGUGUUGGGUAAUGAAACACAUGUAGAGACGGGGGCUGGAAAUCGUCAGAGGAAGCGGUCCCGUCCGCUGUCAUGGAUAAGAAGACUGUCGGGCAGCUGAUAGUACGAAAAUUUUCGUGAUGACUGAAAGAGUCUGGCAUGAAUUUUCUCGCGGAGGAAAGGUGCGCGGACGGCAAAUGUGUAGCACGGAAUUGGGUGCAGAGAAUUUGGCAAGAACAUGACAAAGUAUGAGGGCUUGAGAAAUUCGAGAGCUUGCACGAAGGGAACAUCAAUUUUGAGGACUACACCAGGUAGAAAGAACGAUGAAAUCCCCUAGCGGU